CGUAUUGCCGCGCUGCGAUUUCCGUCGCGUUUUUACUUUCACGCGACCAAUUCGCUCAACGUCAACAAUCCGCGCGAAAACGCGUGUCUGCCAAGUGUUCUGCAACCUGUAUUCAGCAUGUUUUCAUCGUGCCUUCCCCCCAAGAGCCGGCAACUGUGAAUAAAGCGCUGAGCCAUUGAAUCCUUAGGCUGACUCUUAACGCACAAGAUCCCGCACAACCUCCCAGGAUCCCCUGAGAAACUAACGCACAAUGAACUUCACCCCGUUCGGCAACACCUUCCCCGGCAACAUCCCCGGCCUGCCACAGUUCACGACAAGCACGGCGCCCCUGGUCUCCACGGUGACGGCGGCGGUGACGGACGUGACGGUGACCGCCACCAACAACCCGCAGCAGCAACAGCAGCAGGAGGCCGCCGGCAGCAGCAAUCGCUACCAGCAGCAGCAGCAACAGGUAGCGCACUUCGGCCAGGCCAGCAUGGCAGCCGGCCAGGGAACCAGUGGCAACAAGUUCCGUGGCGGCCAGGAGGAUAACAUCCAGGGCGACAAGUACAAUGGCCACUUGGUGGCCUCCUCCCAGCAGCAGCAGCAGCAACAGCAGCAGCAGACGCAGUAUGCAACUGUUGCAUACGCGAAUGCAACGGCCACGAGUGCCGCAGCGGAUGCCCUGCAGGCGAGCACUUCCGGCCAGCAGCAGCAGAUGCAGCAGCAACAGGUCACCGCCCCGCAGGAGCUCACCCAAGACCUGUGCAACGCCAUCCUCCAGCAACAAGUACUCCAGAAUACCUCGUGGCAAACGCUGACGCCGGGAACCACCGUCGCGGACUACCUCUCGCAUCUUCCAGCCAACACGCUGCCCCUGUCGCUGCACCACUUCCUCAAGUACUCCGCGGAGACGAUCAAGAAGGAGAACCAGCAGAAUGUGGUGCUGCAGGUGCAGACGGGACCAGCCAUCGGGAUCAACACCCUGGGCACGACAACCAUUAGUAUACCUCAGCAGGAGCAGCUGACGCUGCAGCCGCAGCAGCAGGCGACGCUGCAGGUGCAGACGCAGGCGGCGGCGGUAACGGCGACAGCGACGUCCGCGACUGCGGCAAACACGACGACAGGCGGAUCCGGCGGCACUUCCGGCAAGAAGAAGAAGCGCAAAAAGCGGAGCAAGGACCGGAAGCCGAAGCUGCGACCCGGCGAGAUUCGCCUGGGCACGGCGCUGGACGGCAGUCCGCUGUACAUGUGCCCCGAGUGCCACGUGGCCUAUCCGGAGCCGGAGCUGCUGGAGGUGCACCUGGUGGGCCACAACCUGGAGAAGCGGUACGUGUGCGACAUCUGCCAGGCGUCGCUGAAGCGCAAGGACCACCUCACCCGCCACAAGCAGUCGCACAACCCGGACAGACCCUACAUCUGCACCGUUUGCCUGAAGGCCUUCAAGCGGAAGGAGCAGCUGAGCCUGCACUUCGUGAUCCACUCGGGCGAGAAGCGCCACCAGUGCGGCGAGUGCGGCAAGGGCUUCUACCGCAAGGAUCACCUGCGCAAGCACACCCGCUCCCACAUCGCGCGGCGGGUCAAGGCGGAGCUGAACAGCCAUGUGCGGCGGGAGAACGGAACCAGCAUGCUGCAGCCCGUGGUCACGGAGGCCACCACGGCGGCCCUGCAGCACGCCAACCAACUGGCCACCGCGCAGCAGCAGUUGCAGCAGCAGCAGCAGCAACAGCAGCAGCAACAGCAACAGCAGCAACAUCACAUUGUGAUCACCCAGCAGCAACAGACGCCGCAGCAGCAACAGCAGCAGGUUCAGACUUCGCAGCAGCAGCAACAGCAGCAAAUGAUAAAUUAGCCAAAUGAUUUUUGUAAAGUCAGUUAAAGCAAAAUUCAAUUUAGCCUCAUCUGAGCCCUCGAGGGCUCGGCUGCUCAAAAAACAACUCUCUCGGUCCACACAAUUUAAUUGACUCUCACAAAUCGGAUAAUACAAACAGAAGGAUGUUAGCUAAUGUCUUCGGGAGUUUCCCCAUGGGACCUCCCAACGUUGUACAAUUUUAUCGUAAGUCCGCGAUGAUGAUGGGACCUUCCACAGUCGAAAGCACACUCACUGGGAUGAAACUAUUAUAUUUGUUCUUAGAAUCUUAAAAAUAUGUUGAAAUACUUUUAUUGGGUAUCCUAAGUUUUAAUGUUCCGGUUACAAUUAGUUGAAAACUUAUAUUUUUUUAACUCUUUUAAAUAAUGUUUAAGUCUUCGUGUACCCCUAAUCCUCUAAAAAUAGAACUAAUAAUACAGUCCUAUUCCUAAGGUGAUAAACCUAUACAGUCCUAUUCCUAAGGUGAUAUUUUGAUCUUGCGCUACCAGAAGUUUCCAUACUUAAAGUAGAUAGUGCUUCGAGUUAUGGAAGUUUUAUUGUGUAUACUUUUUAAAGACGGAAAAGUCUUUUUCGCAGAGUUUUAAAUUUCUUAUCAACAUAAAAGUGAAUAUUUUUAUUAUUAAUAUAGUUCUUUACACCUUGAUUGAUUAAAGAUAACUCGAAAAUGUUCAAUAUAAGAAAAAUGUUUGCAAUAUAUGAUGUGCUUUAUAGUUAUUUUUCUCUACCGCUCCAAUAGAUAAAUACAAUCUCCGAGUGGUCGGUCCCAGGCCUUUGUCCGCCCCAACAUUCCAUACUCUAAUUUAAGACAAAUGUGCAAAUGAAUAAUAAUUUUAUACGCAAUGUAUUUUAGUGAAAUGUAUUUUUCUACAAUUAGAAUCAACGUUGUAUGGUACGUACGCCUGUCCAUAUGUACAUACACCUGUACGAAAACAUGAAUACUGUUCACUGGCAGCGAACUAUAUAUUUAUAUACUAUGUAAACAAAUGCAAUUUAGAUUUACACUUACUUGUAGGAACGAAUCUAAAAUUGUGAAUGUACGUAUAACUUUUUGCUACACCGAUAAACCAACCACAACUCAUUGUAAAUAUGCAGUAAAUUAUAUAAUUUGAUCUAAA